CUGGUGUUCUGGGUAAGCAUGUCUGAAGGCAAUGUGUUGCUCUCAGAGACUUCCACUCAUCGAAUCCCAAUUACUCCUUUUUCUUGGAUUAAAAGUACUUUCGUGAAACAUAUUUAUCUUUAUUAAAUAUUUAAAAUUUGAAUUUUUGGGAAAGCUGCUUGUUUGUUUUUCAUCUUAAGGUCAAGUUUUGGAGAACACGUUUUCAUUAUGAGUUUGAGAGCGAAAACCAAGAACCCAGCGAAUAUUUUUAGCCAUGAAACGCUUCUUCAUAUCUUUGAAAGUCUAUCUUCUCGCGACAUCGUUGCAUUGGAAAGGGUAUCCAAAAGUUGGAAAUCCAUCGCUCAAAAUUCAUCCGUAUGGCAUAAUCUUUUUCUUUCAGAAUUUGGCAAAAACCGCAUUCGACGGAGAGCUCGAAUUAGCAAGGCCCGUAAAAAUUGGAAGAACGAAUUUAAGAGUGAGAGUAAUUGGAACUCAGGAAACUGUAAGAAGGAGGUUUUUUCACUCUCUAAAAAUCAAAACAUCUGUCUUACUAAGGAACCGGCGGAUGAAGCGAAGUUUAAAGUUGCCCUACUCCAUGAAGGACGUGUAUACACAUGUAAUACGAAAAUGCUCUAUGAGUGGUCUUUUAAUGAGAACAAAAUGACAUGUUUGAAUACCAUAUCAUUUCCGGAGGAAUACAAAUCUAACUCUCCUAUUACCAUGUGUGUUGAUGGUGACAACUUUUACAUAGCUUUAGAAACUGGAGCCGUACUUCAUACAAAGCUUACUCAGAACGGGUUUAGUGAUUUGAAUAGUAUCUUACAUAUAGAUUCCCCGUUGAAAUCUCUGAGUGUCCGACAUAAUUUGCUCUGCGGAUUGACGAAGGAUAAGUCAUUGUGCAUGUUUAAGAACAAAAGUCUGUCAUCAAUUUCUUUUCAGUUACUCGGAAAAUUCUCUGUUUCUGGUGUGAAGGAUCCUAUUUCAAUUCAUAUAGAACUUGAUCUAUCUCGCUCACGCAAAAUACUAAUCGUACAACUCGCCUACAGCGAAUAUGUGAUUGCCCACGGAUGGACCAUUGGAUUACAAGAAUUUUGGAUUACGGACUCAACAAUUGUAAAAAAUCGAGUCGGUCAACGUCAAGUUUCUGACAUUGUUUUUUCUUCACAACCAGCGUCAGGCGUUUAUCAACAGGGUCCUUAUGUGUUAAGUUCCCAUGCGGAUAACACAUUAAUGCUACAUUAUAUUUCUUCAGGCCUCGAUUCUUCUCGUAUUCAAUGGGGCAUUCAGCUUCGAGGACAUGUAUGUGGCGUGGAGAAAUCUAAAUUGUUUGAAUGUGGAAAAAUUAUUUCUGUUUCUAGGAAUUGUACUGAGAUUUGUUUAUGGGACCUGCAAAAUUUUAGAGAAGCAGAAGAAUUUCGGCCGUUUAUGAUAGAAUCAAAACUGAUUUUUAGCCGGUAUAUUCAAGAUUAUGAACAAAGCAAGACUCACGUGCAGGACAUUGAGUUGUUUGACGAUACAGUAAUGAUUACACUCUCAGAUGGAAAUGUUAUGGCAUUCCUUUUUUAUGCUUAAUACGCCCAUAAGCCUGGAAUGAUUUUACCCCUUACAUAUCUAAUUUAUCUUAAUUUACAGUUGAAUGGAUUCAAUGGUUUAGAUGAAUAAAUAAUAAGUAAUAGCUAUAAUCUGUAACAGCAUAUAUUGAUUAAUUAUCUCAACAACCUUGUUAGGAUUUACUCGAACCGGAAAAGAGACUACAUUUUAU